ACUAGGUAGCUUCGGUAUUAAAGAACUUAUUUUUUGGGUUUUCUUUUGUUUUAAAACUAAGCCAGGCCGGUAGAAUCAGACGGCUAGAAAGUAGAAACUGAAUACUUUGCCUUAACCGAAGUCUAAUAGAAAUCACAUAGUAUUUGAUUUGGUUUAAGCUCAUCUUUUUACGAGCCUUGAAAAGAUUGGGCCUGAAUGUUUUAAGGGCCCAACCCAAAAGCUGAAUCAUCCAUCGAUCGUCUUACUCAUUAACUCCGACAAAGAGUAUCGCCGGGGAUAUUUAAACGGGACGGCAUGGAAGUGAAGACCCGAAAAAAAAAGAAAAAAAAAAAAAAAAAAAAAAGGAGGAGGAGAGAAAAUCAGAAAAAUGGAGGAGAUAAAGAUUUUGGGCACUAAAAAGCACAAACCUCUCUUCCACAUUUACCCUUCACUUAAAGCCAAUCGAGAGACUUCUUCUUCUUCUUCUCAACUCCAUUAUCUAAUUCUAGGGUUUUUUUUUCUCUCCUUCUUCUUCGCGCUUCUCUUUCCCUCGAAAAACUGGUGUUACUGUGAGAUUCUCGUUUGAAUUUUGGGGAUUUCUUAACGAAUUCACUGAGAAGAAGGCUUUAGAGGUAUUCUUGUUGCAUCUAUUUUAUUAUAAUGGAGGGAUGUGAAGCUUCUGCUUCUUCUUUAGCUGGCUUUACCGGUAGGAGAAGGAGAAGCGCUCUGCCUCGUCGACCCCGCCAUAUAAAAGGGAGCGCCCAUAGUUUCAAGUUCUUGCCACCUUCAACACAGGCAAACACCAAUAGUCUCUGUGGGUCUGUGAGUGAGAACAAACUGAAACUGAAGCUUAAGCUUGGUGGUGGUGUUACACGUACGUUGCAAACCAACUCUGAGGCGGGUCUUUAUUCCAAAGCUUUGGAUAAUGGACAAAAGCCAUUUCAAAAUAAGGUAAAAGGCAAUGGACUUGAGCAGAGUCAUGUUCAGAAAACACUGUUUCUAGGAGAUAUCCAUCAAUCUAGAGGAUAUCCGUCUGUGACUGGGAACCGAAUAUCCAUGUCUGAGAAGAGCAAACGAGGUCUUAAGAAACGUGUAUUGGAUCCUGAACCAGACAGUGAUGAUGAUGGAGAUGAGGAAAUCAGAUACCUCGUAAAGUUAAAGUCUAAAAGGGUCAGGGAGUCUCAUGAAGGUAAAGAGAGUGAAGGAGGCACAAGGAUGCACAGCAAUGGUCAUGACAUGGAAGACACAAAACAUCUCUCAUCAGACAAACUUGCUGUAUCCGGAAGGAAAAAGCCGAAGGUGGGAAUGGUUGAUCCGCUUCCGGCAGGAGCGACAAGCGGACAAAUUCCUACUACGCGUACUCGGGCUCUCCAAUCUGGAACGGAUCCACAUUCUGUCAUUGGGUCGGGGCCUCUUGAAUUCCCUGAUGGCUUACCUUGCCCCUCAUCUAAAAAACCAAAACAGAAGCUUUCUGAGGUAGAGCAGCAAUCCAAGAAGGCCGAAGCUGCACAGAGACGGCGAAUGCAGUCUGAGAAGGCUGCCCAAGAAGCCGAGGCUGAAGCUAUCAGGAAAAUACUUGGGCAAGAUUCUGGGAGAAAGAAAAAAGAGGAGAAGAUGAAAAAACAACAGGAAGAACGAGCUCAGGAGAGAGCUGCAAGAUCAAGCACACUCGCAUCAAACACUAUCAGAUUGGUGAUUGGUCCAAGUGGAACAACUAUGACAUUUUCUGAAGACAUUGGUCUUCCGGAUAUCUUCAAGCCAAUCACGUACAGUUAUCCUCCUCCGCGAGAGAAAUGUGUGGGACCAAAUUGCGAGAAAGCGUACAAGUACAGGGAUUCAAAGUCGAAGCUGCCAUUAUGUAGUCUAGGGUGUUACAAGGCCAUUCAAGAGAAGAUGGAACAAGCACUGAUUCAUUGCUAAUUGCUUAACAGGUUUUUGUUUAAUAUAUUUAUUUAACACAUAAUUGUUGCUUAACAUAAACCAAACUUUCGCCUCCUUUGUUCAACUCUUGUUCCAGGGAAACCUGGAAUUUUGGUUGCUGAGCCUAUAUAAGAAUCGAAUUGACCCUUUAAAUUUCAGUUUA